AUGAGCGAGCUCGUCCCACCAGAGCCAGCCGGCCACAGCGCGCGAGUCUCUGUGGAGGUAGUGUCGGCGCGCGGCCUCCGCAACAAGCGGAAGCUCCCCUUCACGCGCAUGAGCCCCUGCGCGCUCGUCUCCCUCCCCGGCCGCCCCUCCUGCUGGAAAGCCUUGCCGCCAGCCGUCAACGGCGGGCGAAAUCCCACCUGGGGCGGCGGGCCGCAAUUUACGGCGGAAUUCGAGGUGGAUGACCUUCUGCCCCGCUCAGAAUCGUCUCCGCAGCAGCCAUCCGCCUCCGCCUUCCCUUCCGAAUCUUCAUUUCCCGCCUCUCCCAUUUCCUCCGCUUCCGCCGAUCAUAAAUCUACCGCCUCGACGUUUCCCUCCCCCGCCUCCUCCGCAGCUGCAUCCUUUCCCCCCGCGGCACUUCCCCCCCACGCGCGCGCGCAAGUGCGCGUGGAGCUCUUCAGCUCCGCUACCCUGCGCAAGUCGCUCGGCUCGGCCACCGUGGCGCUGGACGCGGCCUUCCGCCGACCGGGGGAGUGGCAGUUAGCGCAGCUGCCAGUGAUGCGCUCGAGGUGCAAGGGGGGAGACGAGCGCGCGAAGCAGAGCGGAUGGGUGACGGUGCGGGUGAGGGUUUGGGGAGUUGCGGAGGCGGGGAUGGGGGAGAGGGGGAUGGCGGAGGGGGGAGCAGCAUGCUGGCAGCCCCCGCUUGCACCCAUCCCAUCGUUCUACACCCAAACAGGUAGGGAGUGCGAUGCUGACGUGGAUGGUGCUGACGUGGACGGUGUGAGAAGAGAGGGGGUAGCAGCUGCAGCAGGUGUAGUGACAGCUGGCUCAGCAAUCACCCCAUCUCCAUCGCCUUUAACACCUCCACCACCACCGCCUGUUACUGGUUACCCUGCCGCACCCCCUUAUAGUCACACUGUGCCACCUCACUACCCUCCCAACUAUCCUUCGGGACCAUACGCUCAACCAACCAGCAGCACUCACCCGUACACAGCCUAUGCAGGACCGUCCAAUCCCCCUGCACCAUGGUACCCCUCGUCACAAGCACCUCCAGUGACGGUGUACAAGCACAGCAAGCACGGGCAGAAGAGGAGGGCGCCAGGCAGGGCGGGGCUGGGUGCUGGGUUGGCGCUGGGAGCCCUGGGUGGGCUGUUGGUGGGGGAUGCCAUUGGGGAUUCGAUUGGGGAUGGGUUGGGAGAUGCUGGAGGAUUCGAUUUUGGAGGGUUUGAGCCAGCCGGCCACAAUGCGCGAGUGUGCGUGGAGGUAGUAUCUGCGCACGGCCUCCGCAACGAGCGGAAGCCCCCCUUCGCGCGCAUGAGCCCCUGCGCGCUCGUCUCCCUCCCCGGCCGCCCCUCCUGCUGGAAAGCCUUGCCGCCUGCCGUCAACGGCGGGCGAAACCCUACCUGGGGCGGCGGGCCGCAAUUCACGGCGGAAUUCGCAGCGGAUGACCUGCUUCCCCACUUAGAUUCGUCUUCGCAGCAGCCCGCCUCUUCCCUCCCUUCCGAGUCCCCCUUUCCCGCUUCUCCCUUGUCCUCCGCUUCCGCCGAUUACAUAUCAUCCACUGCCGCGACGUUACUCUCCUCCGCCUCCUCCGCAGCUGCAUCCUUCCCCCCCGCGGCGCUUCCCCCCCACGCGCGCGCGCAAGUGCGCGUGGAGCUCUUCAGCUCCGCCUCGCUGCGAAAGUCGCUCGGCGCGGCCACGGUGGCGCUGGACGCGGCGCUCCGCCGACCGGGGGAGUGGCAAUGCGCGGAGCUGCCUGUGAUGCGCGGGGGGGGAGACGAGCGCGUGACGCAGUGCGGAUGGGUGACGGUGCGGGUGCGGAUUGGGGGAACCGCGGAGGCGGGGAGGGGGGAGGGGGGAAGGGCGGAGAGGGGAGCAGCAUGCUGGCAGCCGCCGUGUCGGAGUUACCGCUAUGCUCUUCUCUGCCUUGAUUCUCCUGCUCUGCCUCUCCUUCGUUCCUUCUGCUGCCUCAGCCACUCUCAUUGA